AGAACAAACUAAUGUGAUGUGGACUGUUGCUGUAUGUUUUUGUAGGUUGUCUGGCUGUAUGGUGACAGAGGAGGGAUGCUGUUAUGUGUCUUCAGCUCUGACUUCAAACCCCUCACACUUGAGAGAGCUGGAUCUAAGCUAUAAUCACCCUGGAGAUUCAGGAGUCAAGCUGCUCUCUGGAAAACUGGAGGAUCCAAACUGCUCACUGGAUAAAUUUAAUGUGGAUCAUGGAGGAGAAUCCAGGAUUACAGCAGGACUAAAGAAAUAUGUCUGUUUUCUCACACUGGAUCCAAACACAGCACACACUGAUCUCAGUCUGUCUGAGGAAAACAGAGAGGUGGCAUGUGUGAGAAAGAAUCAGCUGUAUCCUGAUCAUCCAGACAGAUUUGAUUAUUAUUAUCAGGUGUUGUGUAGAGAGAGUGUGUGUGGACGCUGUUACUGGGAGAUUGAGUGGAGUGGAGAUUAUGUGUGUAUAUCAGUGUCAUAUAAGAGCAUCAGCAGGAAGGGACGGGGUGAUGAGUGUAGGUUUGGAUUUAAUGAUCAGUCCUGGAGUUUGUUCUGCUCUUCCUCCAGUUACUCAUUCAGACACAAUAACAUACAGACUGUUCUCUCUGUGAAGCCCAUCAUCAGCAGGAGAAUAGGAGUGUUUGUGGAUCACAGAGCAGGAACUCUGUCCUUCUACAGCAUCUCUGACACAGUGAACCUCAUCCACACAGUCCAGACUACAUUCACUCAGCCGCUCUAUCCUGGGUUUUGGGUUUAUCCUGGAUCAUCAGUGAAACUGUGUUGA